AGAAAAAAAAGCGAAUCGAGCAAGCAAAGCAAAGGCAAGUACGGCGGCAUUCCCUAUUGAUUUAUCUGCAGCGGAGCAGCAGCCCAGCGCAGCGCGGCGGCCAACCAGAAAGACGAAGCGUAGCGGAGCCAGCCAACCAAGAACCAACCAACUAACCAACAACGGACGGAAGAGGCAAGGCAAGGCUAGGCCGCUGCGAAGCCGAGCCAAUCCGGCCACCCCCUGCCCUACCCCGCUCUGCUGUUCCUCUCCAGCCAUCUCGGGAUCCGCUCGCCGCCCGCCCGCUCGCCCGGUGUGACCUCGCCGCCCCGCCCGCGGUUGUGACUGCGGCUGCACGGCCAUGGAUCCCCGCGCGGAUCGCCGCGCGUAGAGGCAGGCAGGGAGCGCGUGGGGGAGAGAGGGUUAAGGGGGGAAGCGAAGCCAGGGUAGGGUUGCCGUUCCGCGGCAAGAUGGACGGGAGCGCGGGCUCCUUCGUCGCCGUCCGCCGGCUCUCCGGCUCCGACCGCGCCGCCGCCUUCCACCACUCCUCUUCGGGUGCCUCACCUCGCCUCCUGUUUGUAUAUCUGUUUGUUAGUUUUCUUCUGGAAUCUGGAUGCUGUUGCUGCUCCUGCCACGGGGAUUGUGCUCAUGGUCUGUGCUGUCCGUACGCUGGUGCUGCAGCGGAGGUCGUGACGGGGUCGACGGCGUGGAUCGGGAGGGGGCUUUCCUGCGUCUGCGCGCAGAGGAGGGACAGCGAUGCGCGCCUCUCCUUCGAUUUAACGCCUAUGCAGGAAGAAUGCCUACAGAGGUUACAGAACAGAAUAGAAGUUCAGUAUGAUAGUUCAAACAGAGAGCAUCAGGAAGCACUUCAUGCUCUUUGGUGUGCUUCUUUUCCUGGAACCGAGCUUCGGGGUCUAAUAUCAGAACAAUGGAAAGAGAUGGGUUGGCAAGGGAAAGACCCAUCUACAGAUUUUAGAGGUGGAGGCUUCAUCUCCUUGGAGAAUCUGUUGUUCUUUGCUAGGAAUUAUCCAAAAUCUUUUCAGGAACUUCUUCGCAAGCAGAAUGGUGAUCGUGCAAUCUGGGAGUAUCCAUUUGCUGUAGCUGGUGUAAAUAUAACCUUCAUGCUCAUCCAGAUGCUUGAUCUUCAAGCAGUUAAACCGAGGUCAUUGUUUGGAGCGGUUUUCCUAAAGUUUCUUUCAGAAAAUGAUCAAGCUUUUGACAUUAUCUACUGUAUAACCUUCAAGCUGAUGGAUCAGCAAUGGCUUGACAUGCAUGCUACUUACAUGGACUUCAACACGGUCAUGAAAUCUACGAGGCGUCAGCUAGAAAGGGAGCUUUUGAUCGAAGAUAUUCAGCGGAUUGAGGACUUGCCAUCAUACAGGCUUCUGGCCCGGUAGCAGAAGAAACUGAAAUCUUAACAUGGUACAUGUUGCAAGGCUCGAGUUGCUAAUGGAUUUGCAAAUGGCACCCACAGCUAGCGAGAAUCUCGGAAUGUAGAUGCAUCUGUAUCCUUGUGUUUAGGUACUCUGGUAACCUGAUCUCUGAAAUUUACAAGGUAGGGUUUUUCUUGAUGAUAGAACGCCACGUAGGGUAACUGAAGUGUCUGAUCAGCUGCCAUGGCAAAAUAUUUGUAGGGUGUGUUAUUACAGUCGGGUUGUUGCCCAUCAUACCACGAGAAAGGGAGUGUUCCUAGAGUUUUCGUUGUAAACAGGAGGAUUUUGGGAAAGCUGAUCUGAGUUGUCUCCUAUUUGCAUAAAGAUAGAGGCUAGUUCUUUGA